GGAGUAGGAGGAGUGAAUGGCUGUAGUAGUAGCAUGAGCAGGAGUGUGCCGACGGCUGGCAGUUGACACGGGAAAAAGCGGGAGUCUUAGCCAUCUUUACCCCGUCAGCAGCAAGGGCCCAGGCGCAGCGACCCCCGGGGACCUCAGGCAUGGGGCCCUGGACGAGUAGGAACAGCAGCCGGAGAUGAAAAGACGUUUGUGAAGACGAGGGAGGGAACAAGUGAAUGAAGAUCAGGGUUGCCAAGUCACUGUGCAGGGUGAUUCUGUGAUUUACCUGCCUGAAAAUACUUAAAGUUCAAUACACCUUAACUCGGCAUAUCAGUUAUUUAAAGGACAUUGUGCCUCUCAUGUGAAAUAGUCCUGAAAUAUGAUUGUAACCCCCCUUGAAGGUUGAUGCUUUACGGCGCGCCAUCUGUGGAGUGAAAGACCCUUGUGCCGGCCAUGAAAAUAGUCCGCCAUGCAUUAAACCCUUGAAUAUCGAUGCAUUAGGGAAAGUAAAGAACGCUGGGCCUGUUAUGUAAAACCCGCAACCCGCCAAUCCCUCGGAAAUAGCCCAAAUCGGGUGGUAGGAAUCGCGACAGUUGGCAACUCUGAUGAAGACCACGUGACCCAAGAGGACCAAUCAGCUGCCAGGGUUCGCGGACCAAUCAGCGGCCGGAGGAUCCCCGCCCAUCUGGCCAAUCAGCGGCCGCGGAUUACCCCACAAGAGGCGAACUCCCGCGUGAACACCACAGUCUACCACAAAGUACAAAAUAAAGCCUCUCGAAAUGGAGGACGCUGCCAAAAAUCAAGUUGGAAAGGAGCCAGAUGCAGAGAAUCAGCAGCAGCAGCAGCAGCAGCAGCAGCAGUCACAGGAGCCACAGGAACAGGAACAGCAGCAGGAUGAGCAGCAGCAACAGCAGCAGCAGCAGCAGCAAUCCGCACCACCAAUUAUUGGGGCAGAGGGUCCGUUAGGAACUGCUACAUCCAUUAAGGAUGGCCUUCCUCCUCCUACACAGAUUAAUAAAUUAAAGUUUGGCCCUGGUACUUCCCUCAUCAAAAAGGAGAAGCGGCAGACAUCGUCCCGCUUCAACAUCCCCAAGAACAGGGAGUUACAGAAACUACCGUCUCUACGAGAUGCCCAGCCCAAUGAACGGGAAGAUUUAUUUAUUCAGAAGAUUCGGCAGUGCGGGGUGAUAUUCGACUUCAUAACUGACCCCCUUAGUGAUCUAAAAUGGAAGGAGGUGAAGCGAGCAGCACUGAACGAAAUGGUGGAGUAUGUCACCACGCAGCGGCAAGUCAUCACGGAGCCGGUGUACCCAGAGGUGGUGCAGAUGUUUGCUGUGAACCUGUUCAGAACACUGCCUCCAUCCAGCAAUCCUUCAGGAGCAGAGUUCGACCCAGAGGAGGAUGAACCCACCCUGGAAGCUGCUUGGCCUCACCUCCAGCUCGUGUAUGAGUUUUUUCUGCGCUUCUUGGAGAGCCCAGACUUCCAGCCAUCUGUUGCCAAACGAUUCAUAGAUCAAAAGUUUGUAUUGCAGCUAUUAGAACUAUUUGAUUCAGAAGACCCCAGGGAGAGAGAUUUCCUGAAGACUACUUUACAUAGAAUAUAUGGCAAGUUUUUGGGUCUGAGAGCAUUUAUCCGUAAGCAGAUCAACAAUAUAUUUUACAAGUUCAUUUACGAGACAGAACAUCAUAAUGGUGUAGCAGAGUUAUUAGAAAUUUUAGGAAGUAUCAUCAAUGGGUUUGCAUUGCCAUUGAAAGAAGAACAUAAAGUGUUCCUUUUGAAGGUGUUGCUCCCCCUCCACAAGGUCAAGUCACUGAGUGUGUACCACCCCCAGUUGGCUUACUGUGUGGUUCAGUUCCUGGAGAAGGAUCCCUCUCUAACUGAACCUGUCAUCAUCACCUUGCUCAAGCUGUGGCCCAAGGUUCACAGUCCCAAAGAGGUGAUGUUUUUAAAUGAGCUUGAAGAGAUCCUAGAUGUUAUUGAACCCAAUGAGUUUGUGAAGGUGGUGGUCCCACUGUUUCGCCAACUGUCCAAAUGUGUGUCAUCACCACACUUUCAGGUUGCUGAGAGAGCUCUCUACUACUGGAAUAAUGAAUAUAUUUUGUCCUUGAUAAGUGAUAAUGCGCAAAUCAUUCUUCCCAUCAUGUUUCCUGCUUUAUAUAAGAACUCCAAGUCCCACUGGAACAAGACCAUACAUGGCUUAAUAUACAAUGCCUUGAAAUUGUUCAUGGAAAUGAAUCAAAAACUUUUUGAUGAGUGUACACAACAGUACAAAGCAGAGCGGCAAAAGGAGAAAGAAAAAAUGAGGGAGCGGGAAGAAGCCUGGCAACACAUUAAAGAUUUAGCUGUAAAGAAUCCAUUGUUUGAUAAGUAUUCCAGUGACAGUAACAACAUCUUUAGUCCACACUCCACCUUAAUGAUGUCACCACAAGAUGAUAAUGAUAUUGACUUCAAUGCAGAAAACAAUGGCGGUGAUAACACAGAGCAGGCAAAAAAGGUGCGCAACAAGGAGAAGCCAUUGCUACGGAAGAAGAGUGAGCUCCCCCAUGACCAGUACACCAUCAAGGCGCUGAGCGACCACAAGCGUGCCGACGACUAUCUCACCACUUCGCCCGAGCUGGCUGCCACCACCAGCUAGACCGCGCCACGGCUGCCCGGGUGGCAAGAAGAGGUAUGGAGGCAGUUACUCUACCUGCUGACACGGCUUGGAGGCCCCAGAGCAGAGUCACUCAGCAGCAUGGUUUCACAGGGGGUAAGGGUAGCGAUCACCUCAAGGACUCGUGACAUCAACCAAUGGGAGUGGCUUUCCAGGUUUCUCUUGGCUAAAUAAUCCAAGACAACAAAAGUCUGAACAUCUCCUUGGGUUAUUCACUUAAAAAUAUCCUUCAGAAAUGCCUUUCUCUUCUGGUUAUAACAGACCAAAGUGGGUAUAACAUUAAUGGGGUUUGUAUUAGUUUUCAUAACUAAACUAAUGUCAAAUGCAUGUACCUAAUGUUUAAUACAUAAACAUAAUAGGGAAAGUAAGUUAACAGGUUGUAUUCCUUAAAAUCUUUUUUAAGGAUUUUGUAUCGUACAGAUCAAAAUUUUUUAAUAUAAUAAAGCAAUCAUAUUCCAUUUAUGUGAUGAUGUACAGUAACACAGAUUUUAAAAAUAUUUUUUAACAAACUAAAACACUCCACCAACUCCUGAAACCUUCACAGUGUAGUUUGACUAUGCACUCUAUCCCAUAUAUUAAGAUGAAGAAAAUGUGCUGUUGAUGUGAGGGCAGAAAACAUUUCCAAUCACAUGCCCAGAGAGCCAAAAUAUGAGAUGAAACACAGGUGUUAAGAAAGAGUGAACUUGAAUGUUGAUUAUUCAGGACAACAAAAGUAUUUCAUAUCUUGAAACAUAAAUUAUGUUUUUGUUGUUCUGCAGAAUGAAGAUUCAAGUUGCUAAACUCUAAGAGAAAGAAGGUAUCUUGUGCGUCACCAACCGGUAAAUAUCCGUGCUUAAAGAAAAUGUGUACUCAUCUAUGCCUGGUUAACUGCAAGCAAGAUGAAUAGCUACUUAAUUUUUGUGUUUAUAGACCAAAAUGAUAUUUUUUACUAGCAUGGUUUUCUUGAACCUAGUUGUGUUGGCAGUUGCUUCUUUUUUUGAAGCAUGAACAGUGUUUUGUGCAUGUAGGAGGUGCAGUGCUUGUGUGGAGUGCUUUGACCAAUGCUUUCAACAGUUUAGUGCAUCCAAAUUUCAUUUCCAUAUUUUUUCUCUGAUCAGCUAAAGAUCCUUUCUAUUCACUGAAAGUUCUUUACAUUAAUUGCUAAAAUAAGAAUCUUAGAAUAUUUUGUUUUAAGUACUUAUACUUUCCUGGUAAUGCAACAUUCUCUUUUUGCCAAAUUAUGUUGACUUAUUUGUGCUACUGAGUUUGAGAACAGUGUCAUCCUUGUCAUCAUCUGUACUCUUUCCUGUAGAUGCAGAAGCAACUUCAAUCAAUCUGUUUAAAACUUAGGGGCAAGAAUAGGAGGAGGCAACAGCAAAUAAAAUAAGGAAGAAUUACCUUAUGCAUUGUAAAUUUAGAAAAAAAUUCAAAUCCUAGUUAAGCAGAUGAUACUAUUCUUUAUCAUAAUUGGAGAGGUCCUGGUAGAAUGGAGGGUACAAGUGGUGCAAAGAGUCUGGUGGAGGUGGUGGUGAGGGCAAGUGGUCUAUGACUUGAAAGAUAGGUGCAUAUAGGGAAAGACUAUGAGCAACAGUUAACCAGUAUUUUCAUUCAUUCAUCCCUCAUACCAGUAAACUGGAACAGCCUUCCUUUUGCUGUAUUUCUUCCUUCCUAAGACUUGGAUUUUUUUAAGAGCAGAGUAUCAAGACACCUUUCAUUUUUGUCUUCAUCUUCUGUCCACUUUUUUACACUAAAUGGCAUAUUGUUUUGUUUUAUUUUGUUUUAGCCAAACUUAGCCUGUCUCCUAUAUUGUGUAUGUAUAUACAUCAUCUUCAGCUUUCCACUGGGGGUACAAGAAAAUGGGUUACAUGAUGAUGACGAUGAUGACCUAGCCGUUAGAGUCCUGUCCAAGCCUAGCAUUGCCCCAGACACCUGCACCAACAGGCAUGCAUGGAUGUGCACAUUUUCUUUACUCGGGCAAGAUCAUGCCAUGGAACUUCAUUUGGUACAGCAGUCAAGCUUUGCCAGCAGCCAACCAUCAUAAAAGGAGCCAUCAUACAUAGUAGAUUAGUUUCUUAUAAAGGUUGUUAGUUUUAAUAAUUAGUGCAAGCCUUGGUAUAUUUUCUCAAAAAAAUGAAGAUUGGUAGUAAUGCUGUAUAUAACAACUGUACUACAACUGAUGUUUGGUGUUGAGGAUCAAGAGCCGGGUUUCCCUGACGAGCUGGAAACCUCUGCCAGGUAGUGCUGCAAGGGAUUACAGUAUAUGUAAUAAUAUGUAAAAGAUAGUAUUAGAGGAAUCAUGUGGAAUAUGUUAUUAUGUUCAGAUAGUUAUAACCAGAGUUUAUUGGAAGAUUAUGUUACAAUGUAUUUUAGAAUUAUAAUGCCAUAUUCCAUAAAUAUAUUCUGAUUUAGUAAAAUACCAUUUAAAUAUUUAUGAACUGAUUUUGUCUCAAAGGUGUAGGAAAUUAAAAGAGGUCACCCUCACCAUCACUUUGAAUGUAUGCAUGUAUGUGAUGACCCCAAUAGUGCAAGCCCCGACCACUGGUAGUGAUUGCCGCCGUGCAUUAUGCAUACAUUAUGAUCAUUGGACUGUGUCUUGUGGUGAUGCUCCUGUGAGGCUUGUUUUGGUGUCACAUAGCUAUAGCAACAUCAGACACUUAUCCAAGGUUGGCCAAUAGAUUGUGGUUAUCACAAGAAGACUUUGUUAGGGAAAAAGUCUGUGUAGUGAGUUCAAAAUCAGCAGUGCUCCAAUGGUUAAGUUUUCACCCUCAUCCAACUACACUCACCCUCACCAUAACACUAAGUUACAUCUGUGAAGACCGUCAAAUGGGAAUCCGAGCCUCGUUACAUUUCUUAAGACUUCCCCAGUUCUUUUUUCUUCCAUGCUUUUUUUGUUAUGGUAAGUGGAUCACAAGGGAGCAAUUUCCUUUUCCAGGGCUCUUUCCAUUCCAGAUUGUUUGCUUCCUUUUUCCUGUAAGGAUAUUCUUCAUGCUCGUAGCAGGGAAUCCUAGUGCUAGUAUUUCUGAAUGAAGCAUUCUCUAGCCUUCCUUCAUUGAUUUGCUCUUAGUCUACUGGCGAAUUGAGAGGAAAAUUGGAAUAAGAGCUUAAGGUUCACAAAAGAUUCCUACCAAGUGCUAUAAUACCUUGCAGUUCUUUGCUACUAACAAAACUCUACUAACCUGCAUCAGUUUUAAACACCUGAUCACAUAACAUCUGCUUGCUUUGAAAGGAUUUAACUGGAAGUCUUUAAUCAACAUUGUUUUGUUAUUUUAAUGGUAUCAUUGCCCCUUAUAUGAAUGCAGUAACUUUGUAUAUCUUAUGAAAGUGUAACCUCAUCUUCCCAUCGUUCCUGAUCAAUAAUUCAUCCUCACCUUAUAUACAUAUGGAACUUAGUUGACCUAAUUGAAGCAUAGCCUCAUCAUCUCAGUGUCCUUCAUUAGUUGCUCAUCCUACCUCAAGCAAACCUCAUCCUCUGAUAUGUCCUGUGAAACCUUUCAGUAAGGCAUCCUGCUCUGGCAGCAGGAAUGGCCUGCACUAGUACAUACUGGAGUGUUGCACAGGGCAAUGUGUGUGGCCCACAGGAAAAAUCCUUCAUUAAAUGAACUGGACUGCAGACAUUUUUUACCAUCCCUUAAAAGUUUUAUUUUGGUGCUGUCUUACCCUAGGUUCUAGGAACCUAAGCAAUUGUGAAAUGAUAAUUAUGUACUAUAGAAAGAUGAAUGUAGGCAAGCCACUUAGAAGGAUUAGGCUUUACUGGCAGUCACAAUAACUGAGUAACUGAAUAAGUGUAUAAGCCUUGUAAAGAUAUGAAGCAUGCAUAAAUUUUUGUUGGAUGGGUCUGAA